GUUCUAAUUCAUAACAUAGUAUGCAACAAAAACAAAUUAACGAAAUGGAAUACAUUUUAGAACCACCCGAUGGGGGUUGGGGAUAUAUGAUUGCUAUAGGAAUGUGUGUAAUGCUUGCUUGUCACACAAUUUUAUCUCAAAAUUUUGGUAUUAUAUUUCUUGAAAUAUUAAAUGACAGCCAAGAUUCUAUUAGUGCUAUAGUGGUCAUUAACAGUUUAUUUGGAAUAUUUUCAUCCGUUGUUGGUUUAAUUACGAAUAAAGUAUUAACCGACUACCCACCUCGAGGCGUUGGAAUUAUUGGAUCAUUUAUAUAUUGUUCUGGAAGUUUCCUCAACAUUUAUGUGGGAAAUAUUUAUCAACUAGGAUUUACUUAUGGAUGUCUACAAGGUAUUGGAUUUGGCUUAAUGAAUCCAGUUAUAUUUGCAAACAUUACAUAUUACUUUACGAAAAAACGGGGAAUGAUAAAUAGUUUAUGUUUAGCAAUUAUAUCAGCAAUUGCUUUUAUGUUUCCAAUGAUAAUACAACAAAUGAAAUCAUAUUAUGGACAAUUUGGUACCAUGAUGGUUUUAGCAGCUUUGAGUUUACACACAAUGGUCGCUAUGAUAUUAAUGCAACCUGUAGAAUGGCACUUAGUGAAACGUCUACGAUAUGAAAACGAAGCAAUCCAAAAGCCAUUUACAGAUAAUGAAGAUAUAACAGUGAAUGCUGGAUCGUCAAUAGUUACACCUUUGCCAACUCCAAGAAAUACAAAAAUUUUCAAUGUGAACAAAGAUGAAACUAGAAUCCAGAACCAAAUUUUCCAAAAAACAUUAGACAUUAAAAUACAACAAUACAGAGAAUCUCAGCUAAGUUUAUGGCGAAAAAUUUCUAAAACUUUGGAUAUAAGCAUAUUAAAGGAGAUAAGAGUAAGCAUUGUUAUAGUUGGUUUAGCUGCAACAGUCGUUGCUGAUGUAACUUUCGUUUGCUGUGUGCCUUUAUUCUUAUAUCAUCAUAGUUUUGACAUUAGUCAAAUUGCACUUAUAUUGUCAGUAUCGACCAUUGGGGAUUUUGUCUCUCGCAUCCUUCAACUAUUGUUCAACGUGUUUUUCAAAAUUAAACAUCGAUAUUGUGUUAUGUUUGGCAUUUUAAUGACUACAAUUAUACGCUACAUUUUAGCAUUUACAAAUAAUUUAACAGUCGUUCAAAUAUUAUUGAGUAGUAUUGGUUUCUUUCGAAGUUGGAUACAUGUUGCGUUACCUUUGGCAAUUGCUGAACAAUGCAUUCCAUCUCGUUUUCCAGCCGCUUUUGGAUUAUUGAUGAUUAUAAUGUGUGUAUUUUACAUGGUAAUUGGAUCAGCCAUCGUCUUCGCUAUAAAAUCGUUGAAAAACGAUGCAUUUAUUGUUGGACUAUUAGCAAGUAUUACUGGUUUUGUAUGUUUAGUAUGGAUUAUUGAAAUGAUAUAUACAAAGAGAAAAUUCAGAAGAUCUUCAGAUUUAAGAUGA